GGAAUAUCCUGUAGCAACAGUAGGAGCCAUUAUGAGGUCCGGUCCUGCCCUGUGACGAACAGCAGCAACUUAGUGCAGUUGGGCACUUGAGACCAGAUGUCACCCAACCCUGAGACAGAGUCCACUGCACCAUCCCUCCUUCCCCUCGCCUUUCUCCCUAAUUCCAAACAUCUUUCCACACACCCCUGCCCACUUAUAUUAAUAUUUUCAAUAAUUUUAGCAUAGUAGUUGAUGUGCUUAAAAUUGACCUCUGCCCCUGAACACCAAGUCAUAAUUGGUUUUGGCCCACCAGGGCAUUUGAGUUCUGCACCCCUGGUGUAGACCAUGCUUUGUGCUUUAAAUCUGUGGAUCUGAGAGUAGUGGAAGAGGAGCGAACUACCCUUCAUACUUGCAUUAAAAGGCAAAGACAACUCUACUAGCCACACUUCUGUGAGGCAGGAUAUUUCUCACUGAUGUUCAUAAACAUAAUCUUGUUUUAAAUAGAAAGAACAAGAGGAGUUUUCCAUUCUUGGCAUUAUUGACAGAACCAAGGCAAAAUGUAUACAGAGCAUUCUACUGUAAUAUUUUUUGGGUUAACUUUGUCUUAAUGAUUGUGUAUGUACAUGUACAGAGAUGGCUAUUGCCAUUUGCAUAUUUUUAAAAAGUAACUGUGACUCUGGGAAAGAAUAAGUUUUUAUGCAAGUAUCUCCUGCUGUCAGAUAAGUUUUUGGUAACUGGUUUUUGCAGCACCAUAUGGUUUGCAAUACUAAAACUGAAUAUGGACUUACCAAGUCUGAGAAUUGGGAAAAUGCUGGGUAUAUUUCAUUGGAGUAAAACAAGUUGUAAACUGUAAAAUGCUGGCUAAUUUGCAGUGCCCUUUUGAAUGCAAGAAGAAUGUGAGGUGCUUGGUUCUUAAAAAUAUUGCUAUGCAUUGGGCAUAAAUCUUCAACAAGUCCGAGUUACAAGAAAAAAGCUUUUACAUUUACUUAAAAUUUUAAUUGGAAAAUUUAAAAGCAACAUGUCACUUGGUAUCAAUUUUGGUGCAAGUGAACUGUGAAUAUAUCUUAAAACAAAAGCUCAGAGAAGCUAGCCACAAUACAAAAACAGAUCUAUAAUAAGCUACCUUUUUGUGUACUUUUUAUGCAUAGGAUACAAGAAACAAAUACACAAGUAUAAAAUGGGCAAUAAUUGGAUUAAGAAUGCAUUUGACAGUGUUCUGCAGCACUGACAGCUCUUCAAAAGAAGAAAUGCAGUAAAACCCAAUGGCAUCUAGCCUACUAGUAUUGUUAACUUGAUCCUACUUGAUUGUGGGGCUAUCUUUCUAAGCUCUAAAUUGUUAAGAUGCACCUCUGUGUUUUCAGUACACUGGCAAAGCUGAAGAACUACUUGGAUGGAUAAGUAAUUGCAUGUGUGGCCAUGCAGUGAUUGAUGUAUGUAAGACCAAGAAUGUAUUGCAUUGCUAACAAUGUGUAUAUGACUGACAGUAUUCUACCAGAACUGGUAAGACCUUGUCUGUGCACUGUGUACUGUAUAGUUAUUCACAACCUUCAGUUGGUAGGUUCUUUUCAACUCUGGCUCUAUAACAAAAUAUUUCUGUUUGAAGAAAUGGCAUUUAGCACAGAUACAGGCUGUAGAAGAACUAACUGAUGGGAUUCAAGAUGUAUGAAGAUUGAUCCAGAUUAUCUAAUAUCUUUGCUUUGUAUUCUAUGACUACAUGUUUUAGAAAGCCGGAUUGAAAUUCCAGUAUAGAUGUGAAACUUCACAGGGUUGCUAUGAGGCCAAAAAAACAAAAACAGAAUUCUCGAUUGAAUGAACUUUUGCUCCCAACUGUGGCCCUUUGCAUGUGGUCAGAUACCUCUCCAUGGCGCUUCAACUUGGGGGACUUUGAUAAAAUCUGGCGUGAACACUGUGAAGACGAGGAAACUCUCUAUGAAUAUGCAGAAGCAAUGAAAAACUUGGCAGAUAAUCACUGGGCUAAAACCUCUGAAGGAGAAGGCCGCAUUGAAUGGUGCUGUAGUGUGUGUCGGGAGUAUUUUCAAAAUGGUGGGAAAAGGAAAGCACUGGAGAAAGAUGAGAAGAGAGCAGUUCUUACUACUAAAAAUAGACAAACCACAAGUGUCCACCUGGCUCCCAAAAUAGAGGAAUCUUCAGAAAACACAAACCAUGGUUCUGUAAUGGAUGAAUUGCUGCAUCCCUCAGGAAAGAUCAGAUUGCUUGAUGUAGGCAGCUGUUUUAAUCCAUUUCUGAAGUUUGAAGAAUUCUUGACAGUUGGCAUUGACAUUGUCCCGGCUGUUGAGAGUGUCUACAAAUGUGAUUUCCUAAACCUUCAGAUUCAGCAACCGCUUCAGCUUGCACAAGAUGCCAUAGAUGCUUUCUUGAAACAGCUGAAAAAUCCGAUUGAUUCCCUGCCUGGAGAAUUAUUUCAUAUUGUGGUCUUCUCCCUCCUCCUUUCUUACUUCCCUUCACCUUAUCAACGAUGGAUAUGCUGUAAAAAGGCUCAUGAGCUCCUUGUUUUAAAUGGAUUGCUGCUUAUCAUCACUCCUGACUCUUCCCAUCAGAAUCGCCAUGCUAUGAUGAUGAAAAGCUGGAAAAUUGCUAUAGAAUCCUUGGGCUUUAAACGAUUCAAAUAUUCAAAGUUUUCUCAUAUGCAUCUAAUGGCAUUUAGAAAGAUCUCACUUAAAACAACAAGUGACUUGGUGAGCAGGAACUACCCAGGGAUGUUGUACAUCCCUCAGGAUUUCAACAGUAUAGAAGAAGAGGAAUUCUCUAGCAAUUCCUGCUAUGUCCGGUCAGAUGUUGAGGAUGAACAACUGGCAUACAGUUUCAUGGAGCUUCCAGAUGCUCCUUAUGACUCAGACUCUGGGGAAAGCCAAGCCAGCUCUAUUCCUUUCUAUGAGCUAGAAGAUCCUAUAUUACUUUUAAGUUAAUGUAAUGGUUAAAAUCUGCUUCAAGAUCCAUACUUCUUUUACAGUAAACUAUCUUGCUAUACUGACACCUGCUCUGCACAUAAAGAAAUUGCAAAAAGAAAACAUAAAUGGUUUUGAGAACUUGCUAUUUUUUUCUACAUAUGAAUUUUAAAAUUUAUUCUUGUACUGAAAAGUUGAAGUGCAUGAUUUAUGCAGAAUGGCUCAUGUCAUAGCAUAAACAGGGUUUACUUUAGUAUUUGUAUCAGCAACUUACUCCAGAAAGGUACCUUUUUCUCUCUCUCCAGUGCUGUGAACUGUGAUUCUGCAAAAUAUGCUGAAGUAUCUUGGUUAGAUUAUUUUUAGUCUCUUGAUAGGGCUGAGGUUCAUACUAGCAUUUUUUCAGAAGUUUGUAUAGAAAUAUAGAAUAUGCACAGUAGAUGUCUAAGCGGUAUUUGGAAAAUUUGGCUAGCUUUUGACUAACAAUAAAUAGAAUGGAGUUUCACUUGAGUUAUCUGGUGAAAGGAAAGUAUCUGCAAAAUGGUUUUGCUUAAGUUGUCCUUAAUGUUACAGUUAGAGCAUUUUGACAUGAGACUAGAUUUUCUUGUCUUUUCUGUUCUUGGAGUGAUAUGUGGCACACACAUAUAAUUAGGCUUAAAUGGUCUUUGUAAACUCCAGAGCUAGAAAUUUUUUUGCCAUUUUAUUACUGCACUAACAUUUCCCACACUACAGUUUUUUGAUACUAUAUUGUGUUACAAAAUAUUUUGCACCGAAGUAGUAAUGUAGGAAAAGCUAGAUAAGAUGGUCACAGAAUUCUCAAACUAUAUAAUGUCUAGACAUGAUUGAAUUGGGUCGUCUCCCAAUCCUGCAAACAUGUUAUUAAACACUUUUGUUUGAAAGUUGUUCCCUGUCAGCUGGGGGUGAAAACACACAAAAGGUAGUUUAGUGUCUGGAGAACUUGAUGGCUAAAAUGCAUCAUUUUUUCUUUUUAAUUCAGACAUUAGCUGUCUUAAAAAAUAAAAAUAAACAAAAUACACUUUGUCUUCACAAGUUUAUUGUAUGAUGGAACAGUUUACUUAUUAACCACAUUUGUUUUAAUAACUGAAUUUCCAUAGUUAAGGAUUACUUCGAUGUUUAAAUACCUGAUUAAAGGUACUUGUAUUCACAUGUCUGAAUGUGGGUUCAAGCCAGUAUAUGUUGGAACGUGUAGACCGACAGUCAAACUGUAGUUCUACAGUUUCAAAAAUAGUAGCCAGCUGCCAUUUCCAGAGUGCCACUACACAACUUGCAGAUUGUUUGUUUUUACAGUGUGGACAAAAACUGAUGCUUUAAAAAACAAAACAAAAAAAACCCAUCUGAUUUUCGUUUAAAGCUGAUCAAAGAACAAAUUUCCAAUUCUCAUGUGGAAAAAAAAAUAACAUGGCUUAAAUUAAAUCUCAUUACAAAUAUGCUAUAUCACACUUAAAUUUCCUAAACCAUGAAUUAGUGACUUGACUUCACACACACACUGAGUUACUUACCAAUCAAACAUGGGCAUUCAUGUCAGUUUCAUCUCAUGGAACUGGCUCUAGUCUCCCCAGCAGCACAAGCAACUGCCAGCUCUUGCUUUUGGAAGUUUGGGGGCAUUGUUUCUGUUCCUCUAGCCUGUUUUUCAUGUGCAAGGACAUAGGCUGACAAGUAGGCUGGCUGUUUUGUGAUAGGGGUGGGCCAAUGUAAAUGAGUUAAGACACAUGAUAUAAAAGAGGUGGAAUUUAAGCGGUGGGGGGAAGAGAAGGCAUUAUUCAGUAAAGCUUCCAUAUUGCACCAUAUUUUGCCACUGAAAACCUGUCAUCACUGCUGGGCACAGAUGGCCCUAUCUGGGAACUUUUUUUUUUUUUAAAGAAAUAACUUCCCUAGGUAAAAAGUAAAAUGUGUCAAGUGUAAGCAGUGCAACAAGGUGCAGUGCAGCUUGACACAGGUAAUGAGUAAAGGUAUCCAUUACAUAAAAAACCAAGUAUAUCAUAUUUCCUGUUAGUAAAAUCAAAUUAUCUAACAAAUUACAUGAAGUAUACCCUCCUAGAUGUUGUAAAUUAACAUGUUUUAGUUAUUGAAUUUGCACCAUUUAAGAAAUAUAAGUGAAGUAUCAGUGGAAAAUUGUAAUUUAAAUCAUUUAUUUAAAUUGAAGGUUUAUCUUCUUCUUAGUGAUUUAAAUGAAUGAUUUAAAUAGCCUUGAUUUAAAUCUUAAGUUCUCACACUCCACUCCCAAUACUCUGCACUUCUUUAUUUGCUUUUGGCAUACUGUAUUCCAUAAUCUUAUACACAAUUUUCAUACCUUGUGUGCUUUGUAUUUAAGUGCAUGUUUAUACCUCUUUACAUGUAACUGAUUAAAAAUAACCAAAGAUGUCAAGACUGACUGCUAACAUUAGCCAUACUAAAGUUGUGCUUAAAACACGACCUAAUAACCAAUGGUAUGGUUUGACAGCCUGAUCCAGCUAUGUGUCUUCUGGCACAACAAUAGAUUUGGCAAGAUCCCAUAGGGCCAAACUGUCCCCAUCUGCCUCUCUUCUUCCUCCUUCUCCCCUUGGUAACAAAAUGUGAAUACUCUCCACAGCUCUUAAUAGCAGUUGGUAUGGGUUGGAACUAGCCUGUUCUGGUUCCUAUAUAGGUAGCACUCCUGUGAUCAGGGCUUUUCUCAUUCAGCUGGACUUACUAUGGAAGUACUGCAGCUCGUUCCCAGCACCAGUGCAAGAGGAAGAGAUUUCCCCUUGCUCCAGCACUGGGAGACCAGGACCACCUCCUAUACUGUAUUCUGAUUUCUCUAUGUAGCAGAGGAUCGGAUCAGGCUACAUUUGUAAAUUGAAACUGUCACAAGGUGGCUAAAUAGAGUAGGAAUCAGCAGUUACUAGCUCCUGUGCCAGAUCUACUCCUUGCUUCACAGACAAAUCCAGAGACAAAAGAUAGAGAUGUCAGGACAAUAUGCAGUCUUGUAGGAUGGGGGUUGGCACCUUGACACAUUAUCCUGAAUAACUUUUCAAUGUUUCAAGUGGUCUUCCAACAAAUAAUUGCAGAUAUUCUUACUAAACUUCUUAAAAAGUAAUCGGUUUCAGAGGUGUGUUUUUUUUAGUAUUGUUGGAGUAGUUUAAUAUACUGGUGCUAUCCUUUCUUUCCAAAUUAUGCUGUUUACUUAUUCCAAAUGUGCAUGGUGUGCUGUUAAUAUUAUAGGUUCUGAAGAUUCCCUAGCAUGGACAUUUCUAUAACAUUUCUGUUAUAAUGUGUUUAAUGUCUCUUGUGUUCCCACUCAAGAUGAGCAGAUACUGAAAUCUGGGUUAUGAUGUACACAAAUGAAAUAGUUUAUACUUGAAUAGUAGAAGAUGGCCAGUAAUAUCUAGUGACUUGAAAUUGUUGUGUGAGACCUUCAUUAGAGGAGCAAGUUUUUCUUUCUGCUUCUGCAAAUGUUGAUACCUUUCAGAGUAAUGCAAAAUUUCUGGAUACAGUGACUUUAAAAAGAACCUUCUUACUUUAAAAGGGACUUGUAUGGGAAUGUUAUGGGGGUCUUGAAGAAAUGCAGCUUUCAAGACAGCUAUGUCGAUCUAGAAGGUUCCUCAAGAUCCUAGAGAGCUAUCAAGAUGACAGACCGUCUGGUCCAUGCAAGGAAAAAAGCAUACCACCAAAUUUGCAUUUUUCUCCAUUUCAUUAAGUUUUGUGAAAUAACAUUAAAUAAGUACAAACUGCU